GCCAUUAACGUUCACUCCUCCCCUCAGGAAGGUGGUGAGGACGGGACGUGGCGUGUGAAAUUAAAUAAUAAUUAUUAUUUUAUAUUGUAAAUGGGGGUUUAUUAGAGAUUCGCUGAGGUGAUUUAUUUGUUUGGCGCGUGAGUGAAGUGUUUAGUGUCGACGUUGGUUUAGCUCUUUAUGUAUUUCAGGCCUUUAUGUUGAUUGUGAGUUUUUUUUCUGAUUAGGAACAGAAAACAACAUAAGAAGAGGUAACUUACCUUCGACAAUCCCUCGUGUUUGGCCUUUAUUCAUUUUUGUCUAUUACACUGUCGAGUUUUGAAGAUGACUUCUCCUUCCCCUGAGAUCUACCUGAAAAGCACAUCAUUGAUGUCUCUUAAUGACCGUUUCUCCGGCAUAGGGAAGAAGCCAGAGCUAAUAGACCUCUCAGGCAAUGUGCAGCAGCUUCAAACCGCUUCACUGAAGAACCAGCGACUGGCUCAGCAGAUGGCCAAUUGGCCUUCAGUACUGUCUGCCCUGCGUAAUAUACCGAGUCUGAAGCAUCGUCUAGGUAGGGGGAACAUUAAGGCAAGGCUGAGUAGGCCCCUGAUGAGAGGAGGAUUGCAUGGGGUGGCCAGACGCUCGGGCAAGCUCAGAGGAAGAGGACCGUCACUUAGAGGAACAUUAUCAGUGAGAUGUGUGAGAGGACUGCAAGGUGUAGUGUCUGGUUUUGUGACACAUCAGGGCUUAAAUCGCCAGUACCAGGGAGCGUCUGUAAGUGAACCAAGAGUGAUGCAAAACAGAGGAGUAAGAGGAUCUAUGAGAGGCAGUGGGCGCGGGAUGUUUGUAGGCCAUGGCAGGGGUGGAGGAAGACGCUGGGCAGAGAGUCGACCUGUUCCUACUCGAGAGGAGCUGGAUGAACAACUGGAUGACUAUAUGUCUAUGACCAAGAGCCACCUGGAUGCACAGCUUGAUGCUUACAUGGCUGAAGUUGACUCUGGGGACUUUCUGUAAUUUGUCCCGGCUAUGGGAUGAAGGUUUUAUGAUUUGCCUUCCUUGGAAAAAAAAGACAACAUACUUUAAUGUUCACUUGUUUGACUAAGAUGCUUGAAAUAUUUGUGAUCAAACCUGAAUCAGAAAGUGGUUUUUGGGUCUUAUUUUACAUCUAUACUGCCUUGCCUUUAGCCCCUGCCAUUUCACUUACUAAAGCCCUACACCGGGGCUGUAGUGAUUUAUACCAUAGAGUCCCUGGUUUAUGUAAUAUGUGCAUAGUUUGUAAUUUUUAUUUUGGAGCAGUAGACUUGGUACUGGGCUAAACUAAAUGGUGUUGAGUUACAGAGUGGUGUUUUAUUUACCCUGCACUUUAUGACAUACAAUACUAGAGAUCCAUUUAUUCACUUACUCAACGCACCUUGGACUUUAUCCCAAAAAGUGUUGGACAAAGUGUAGUGAGGCAGGGAAUAGUUGAAACUAGGCUUCACUGGGAGCUGAGGAACAUUGCUUUAGAGCAUUGUCGUAUUUGUAUUUUGAGUAAUGGAUCUGUUUGUAUGAACAUGGCCUAUUUGAAUGAUAAGUCUACAUCAUACAGUGAUUUUCUGUUUUUCAAAUUCUAUUGUUUUAUUUGCAAGUGGUGUGAUUAGCUAAUUUAAGCUAAUUUAAAAAAGUGCUUCUACAAAAUUGUUGUAAUAGGCUGUAGCUAGUCUGUAGCUCUUCCAUUGAUGAUGGUCUUGAAAUGUAAGGCAGGUGAAAGCAGUUAAUUUCAUUUUUCUUAAGCUGUUACCUAAGAAAGCACUUCAAUUAAGGCUAUUUGCUAAGUUAAAAAGAUUUCUUGGCAUUAAAUGUAUGAUCUUAGUCUGGUUUAUGGUUAAGUGUUCUAAAAUGGUGUUGAGCUUAACUGAAAGUAAUGCUCUUCAUUGGCCACUGGUGUUAAUAAUCAGCAUGGUAUAUGAGAAUGGGCAACAUUAUUUUUGCUUGAUUUUCUUUCUUUCCCCUUUAGAGUUACAUUUCUGUGUGUUUUUGCAAUGUGAGGUUUAGCCAUUUUCCUGCAGAUAAAGGUUGCACCUUGCCUCUUUCAUAGCUUUGUGUAUUGUUAACUUAAGCUAUAAUUUAAAUUGUGCAGUUCAGAUUUAAUUUUGGCUAAAUGCUUGCUUUAUACUGUAUUAAAAAGCUGAGCUCCCUGGAAAGGUAUUGCUGUCCCACAUUAACAGUGUGGCUGUGUUGCUGCAGACAGUGUUAAAUGUUUGUUAUUUGAUUGUUGACUAAAAUACCUAUUUUGUUAUAUGCAGUAAUGGCAUAUUCCUAGUUUAAUAAGUUUUCAAGUACAUAAAUAGUUCACAAAAAUGCAGAUACUGAAGAUUUUCAUUUUGAAAUAAGGAAGAAGAAUCUCUAUCAAGCUGCAGAGCUGGCAAUCAGUUAUAAAAAGAUGUUAUGCUUGUUUUACUGUUAACAAUGAACCCAAGGACCUCCAUAAAUAACCAUUGUGAAACUGAAAUAAAUAUUUGUUUACAUUAGACUUAAAAAA